UCAUUAUCCUGGGAAGAGGUAUGCACAGUAGGAAGGUUAGGACGCCUGGGGUAGACCACUAGGAAGCUUCAAUAUGGGUAAGGUAACCAGGAAACUACCACAACCUGAUACAGAUACAGAUAUGGACCAACAAACCUCAAGUUCCAAUGAGAAGAUGACGACUCCCUAUCAACCCAGGUCCAGAGAUGGUAGCAAGGUCCUGAAGACAACCAUAAAGGUCAAAAGACCAAUUAAAAAGAGUUUGAAUAAAAAAGUCUUGAACAAAACCACCAACUCUGUAAGAAGGCCUAAGAAAGCUAGAGGAACAAUACUAUUCGGUCACUAUCACAGACUGAAUGAGAGAUUGAAUCAACGUGAGCAAGACCAAGACCAAGACCAAGACCAAGACCAAGGCCAAGGCCAAGGCCAAGACCAAGAGAAUGUGGAGAAGGCCACCACAUCAAGUGAUGAUCUGGCCAGCCAGUAGCUCCAGAGCAAGGCCAGAGACUUCAGUGAUACCUGCUAAGUCUCCAGAGGUCUGGUGGUUGAGAAAUGGACAAUUGUGUAUACUGUGAAUUUUACACAACAGGGUACACUGAUGGUACCUGAAAUAAAAUCAACCUGCUG